GUUUUAGCAACUUCUUACCCCAUCCUUUUUCUCCUUUCCAGCCACCUGUGGAGUGAGGGGGGGACAAUUCCUGCAGACUCUUUUUUCCUGAGGAUCCUAUUAAGAUUGUCCGGGGCCAAGGGCAGUACAUGUAUGAUGAACAGGGGGCAGAAUACAUCGAUUGCAUCAACAAUGUGGCUCACGUUGGGCACUGCCACCCUCUCGUGGUCCAAGCAGCACAUGAACAGAACCAGGUGCUCAACACCAACAGCCGGUACCUGCACGACAACAUCGUGGAUUACGCACAGAGGCUGUCCGAGACCCUACCGGAGAAGCUCUGUGUAUUUUAUUUCCUGAAUUCUGGGUCAGAAGCCAACGACCUGGCCCUGAGGCUGGCGCGCCAAUACACAGGACACUGGGACGUGGUGGUAUUAGAUCAUGCUUAUCAUGGUCACCUGAGCUCCCUGAUCGACAUCAGCCCCUACAAGUUCCGGGACCUGGAUGGCCAGAAGGAGUGGGUCCACGUGGCACCUCUCCCAGACACCUACCGGGGCCCCUACCGGGAGGACCACCCCAAUCCAGCUGUGGCCUAUGCCAGCGAGGUGAAACGUGUGGUCGGCAGCGCACAGGAGAAGGGCAGGAAGAUUGCAGCGUUCUUUGCUGAGUCUCUGCCCAGUGUGGGAGGGCAGAUCAUUCCUCCUGCUGGCUACUUCCCAGAAGUGGCAGGGCACAUCCGCAGGGCCGGAGGGGUCUUUGUUGCAGACGAGAUUCAAGUGGGCUUUGGCCGAGUAGGCAAGCACUUCUGGGCCUUCCAGCUGCAGGGGGAAGACUUUGUCCCCGACAUUGUCACCAUGGGCAAGUCUAUUGGCAAUGGCCACCCUGUAGCCUGUGUGGCCACAACACAUGCUGUGGCGAGGGCAUUUGAAGCCACCGGCGUCGAGUACUUCAACACGUUUGGGGGCAGCCCAGUGUCCUGCGCUGUGGGGCUGGCCGUCCUGGAUGUCUUGGAAAAGGAGCAGCUGCAGGCCCAUGCUGCCUCUGUGGGCAGCCUCCUGAUGGAGCUCCUUGGACAGCAGAAAGCCAAACAUCCCAUCCUUGGGGACAUCAGGGGCGUUGGGCUCUUCAUUGGUGUGGAUCUGAUCAAAGAUGAGGCCACAAGGAUGCCAGCAACCGAAGAGGCUGACUAUGUGGUGUCCAGGCUGAAAGAAAACUACAUUUUGUUGAGCACUGAUGGCCCCGGAAGGAAUGUCCUGAAGUUCAAGCCCCCGAUGUGUUUCAGCUUGGACAACGCACGACACGUGGUAGCAAAGCUGGAUGCCAUCCUGACAGACAUGGAAGAGAAAGUGAGAAGUUGCGAGACACUGAGGCUCCAGCCCUGAGGCAGCUCUGCU